UUCUUCGACUCAAGUCGGGUGUUCCUGAUCGACCGGUAAUUCCCUCACCUCCAUCCUCAAAAUCCCCAUAUAAUCUGUGGAUCUAUACCCAGACUUCUUUCCCAAGGGUCUCUUAUUCAAUAGAAACGAUCUAAGAUUCAUUAGUGAAGAGUCUCCUAUCCAAUCAUUUGCUGAAGAUGCAGGAUAUCCACAAUAUCCGACUCGGGCGAGAUUACAUCCCCAAUUUCUUCCGUCUGUGCACAUCAUCUUAAACUUGUUCCAAGAUGACAGACGUGAUUUGAAGGGAUGUUUGUAUUACCCAAGUUUCAAUAUGGAGAUCUCCAGAAGUUGGAUGGGUUCCCCGGCUGUGAAGCAGUAUAGAUCCUUGACCAGAUCUUCCAUUCUUAAAAGCUUAAGGAGCUUCAUAAACCCCAGAUAGAGACCUCGAUCAAACUUUAUACUUGCAAUAACUUACGCGUCGUUUCUACGGUUAAUACAAUAUUGAACUCUUUGAUAUCAGACUUCAGAAUAUCAUCUUUCCUCAAUCAUUCUCAAUCAUGAAGUUUUUAUGUCUUUGCGGAGCAUAUGGAAGCUCAGAUAAAUUUAGAGUGCAGCUUGCUCCUCUCAUUAAGGAAUUAGCGUCUGAUGAGACUGCCGAAUUAUUCUUCGCUCAUGGUCCAGUUGACGCCUUUCCUCCCGAAGGAUAUGAAGAUUAUUUCGGUCCUGGGCCACAUUAUCGAUUCAUAAAGCCCGGUAACACGGAAGAAGGGGGAAGCGAUCUUCUUGAUCGCAUUCGAAACUUUCCCAAGGGUGCAACCGCAGAAGAUCAAAUGCGAGAACUGAUGAGAGGUGGAAUUGGUUCCACAGUUCCUGUCCCAAAUGCCGAUGGCACUUACGGUGAUGAGAGUGCACAAGACGCCAUGGAGUACUUAUACGAUAUUAUGCAAGAAGAAGGACCUUUCGAUGGAAUCAUUGGAUACUCAGAGGGAGCUACAGUUGCAGGGACGCUGUUGUUGCAUGAACAAAAACGAUUCGAAGUCGAGGGAAGAACACCAAUGUUCAAAUGCGCUAUAUUCUUUGCCGGGUGGCCUCCAAUGACACCAGAAUUUGACGGAAUUGUUCUUGCGGAUGAAACCGAUUUGACAAUCACCAUUCCAACCGUUCACAUCAUUGGAUCGUUAGACCCAUAUCUUGCAGGAUGUAUUUCGCUCUACAAUGUAUGCGAUAUGGACAAUGCGUACCUCUUUGAUCAUGGAAAAGGCCACACGUUGCCCAGAGAUCCAGAGACAGUCCGAGAGCUUGGCAACAUAAUACGCACAAUGGGCUCGAAUAUUGGUCUUUUGUGAGGUAUCAGAGGAGAUGAUGCAUUGUCGCAUUUAUUUCAAAUACCUAACAGAAGGCCUUGCAUCCUUGCAGUGAGCAGGCCUCACGCAUGCUGUGGAGGUUGGGAUUGCCGGAUCGUAGACCGGACACUUUUUUCUUCAUUACAAAAAGUUUAAUUAUUACACGAUACCAAAUGUAGAGGCGACCUGGCAGGAUCAAAGGCGUUAUUACGACUAUUAUAUUUAUAGUAUAUAAAUCUAUUUCAUUAAAUAGCGGGAUGUUCAUUCGUAAUGUUUCUGCG